UGAUGAAGAAGCAGUUGUGGAUCUUGGAAAAACCAGUUCAACAAUUAAUACCAAAUUUGAAAAGGAAGAACUAGAAAGCCAUCGAGCUGUGUAUAUUGGGGUACACGUCCCAUUUAGUAAAGAAAGUCGCCGACGUCAUAGACAUCGUGGGCACAAGCAUCACCAUCGGAGGAGAAAAGACAAAGAAUCAGAUAAGGAAGAUGGCCGUGAAUCUCCUUCUUAUGACACACCAUCCCAGCGUGUCCAGUUUAUCCUUGGCACUGAGGAUGAUGAUGAAGAACACAUUCCCCAUGAUCUCUUCACUGAAAUGGAUGAACUUUGUUAUAGGGAUGGGGAAGAAUAUGAGUGGAAAGAAACUGCAAGGUGGUUAAAAUUUGAAGAGGAUGUUGAAGAUGGUGGGGACCGAUGGAGCAAGCCUUAUGUGGCCACUUUGUCUUUACACAGCCUGUUUGAACUGAGGAGUUGUAUCCUAAAUGGAACAGUUAUGCUGGAUAUGAGAGCAAGCACGCUGGAUGAAAUAGCAGAUAUGGUGUUGGACAACAUGAUCGCUUCUGGGCAGCUGGAUGACUCAAUAAGAGAGAAUGUCAGAGAGGCCCUUUUGAAGAGACAUCAUCAUCAGAAUGAGAAAAGGUUCACGAGCAGGAUUCCUCUUGUGCGCUCUUUUGCAGAUAUAGGCAAGAAACAUUCUGAUCCUCACUUGCUUGAACGGAAUGGCAUUUUGGCAUCUCCACAGUCAGCACCUGGAAACUUGGACAGUAGCAAAAGUGGAGAAGCUAAAGGUAAUGGAACUGGAGGAAGCCGAGAAAAUAGUACUGUUGACUUCAGCAAGGUUGACAUGAACUUCAUGAGGAAAAUUCCCACAGGAGCUGAAGCAUCAAAUGUUUUGGUGGGAGAAGUAGAUUUUUUGGAAAGGCCUAUCAUUGCAUUUGUGAGGCUGUCACCAGCUGUCCUCCUUUCAGGCUUAACUGAAGUUCCUGUUCCCACCAGGUUUUUAUUCCUUUUACUGGGCCCUGCUGGCAAGGCACCACAGUACCAUGAAAUUGGGAGAUCAAUAGCCACCCUUAUGACUGAUGAGAUUUUCCAUGAUGUUGCAUAUAAAGCAAAAGAUAGAAAUGAUCUCCUUUCUGGAAUUGAUGAAUUUUUAGACCAAGUAACUGUUCUUCCUCCAGGAGAGUGGGACCCCUCUAUACGCAUUGAGCCACCAAAAAGUGUGCCUUCUCAGGAAAAGAGGAAGAUACCUAUAUUUCCAAAUGGAUCUACUCCGACAUCAGGUGAGAUGCACAAAGAGGAGGGACACCAUGCAGGACCUGAACUGCAGAGGACUGGAAGGCUUUUUGGUGGUUUGAUACUUGACAUCAAAAGGAAAGCACCUUUUUUCUUGAGUGACUUCAAGGAUGCAUUAAGCCUGCAGUGCCUGGCCUCGAUUCUUUUCCUAUACUGUGCCUGUAUGUCUCCUGUAAUCACUUUUGGAGGGCUCCUUGGAGAAGCUACAGAAGGCAGAAUAAGUGCAAUAGAGUCUCUCUUUGGAGCAUCUUUAACUGGGAUCGCCUAUUCGUUAUUUUCUGGGCAGCCACUUACAAUCUUAGGAAGCACAGGACCAGUUCUUGUAUUUGAAAAAAUAUUAUUUAAAUUUUGCAAAGAUUACAAUCUUUCCUAUCUGUCAUUACGGACCAGCAUCGGUCUCUGGACUUCCUUCUUGUGUAUUGUCUUGGUAGCUACAGAUGCAAGCAGCCUUGUGUGUUACAUCACUCGGUUUACUGAGGAGGCCUUUGCAGCCCUCAUUUGCAUCAUAUUUAUCUAUGAAGCAUUGGAAAAGCUCUUUCAUUUAGGAGAAGCCUAUGCUUUCAACAUGCACAAUGACCUAGACAAGCUGACAUCCUAUUCAUGUGUGUGUGCUGAGCCUCCGAAUCCUAGCAAUGAAACACUCCAGAAAUGGAUGGAGAUGAAUCACUCAGCACAAACAAUUCCAUGGGGCAACCUGACUGUUUCUAAAUGUAAAACAUUUCAUGGUGUCUUCCUGGGGUCAGCCUGUGGUCUUCAUGGGCCAUAUAUUCCUGAUGUGCUCUUUUGGUGUGUCAUCUUAUUCUUUACAACGUUCUUCCUCUCAUCAUUCCUGAAACAAUUUAAGACCAAGCGCUAUUUUCCUACCAAGGUCCGAUCCACAAUCAGUGAUUUUGCUGUAUUUCUCACCAUAGUCACUAUGGUUGCUGUGGACUACCUUGUAGGUGUUCCUUCUCCAAAGCUUCAUGUUCCUGAAAAAUUUGAGCCUACUCACAAAGACAGAGGUUGGAUCAUAUGCCCACUGGGUGAUAAUCCAUGGUGGACAUUAUUAAUAGCUGCUGUUCCAGCCCUACUGUGUACUAUUCUUAUUUUCAUGGAUCAGCAAAUCACAGCAGUCAUCAUCAAUCGAAAGGAACAUAAAUUGAAGAAAGGAGCUGGAUAUCAUCUUGAUUUGCUCAUGGUUGGUGUUAUGUUGGGAGUUUGCUCAGUUAUGGGUCUACCAUGGUUUGUGGCUGCAACAGUAUUGUCCAUAAGUCACGUGAACAGCUUAAAAGUUGAAUCUGAAUGUUCUGCUCCAGGAGAACAACCCAAGUUUUUGGGAAUUCGGGAGCAGCGAGUUACAGGCUUACUAAUUUUUGUUCUGAUGGGCCUGUCUGUGUUCAUGACUUCUGUAUUAAAGUUUAUUCCAAUGCCAGUUCUCUACGGUGUCUUUCUUUAUAUGGGAGUUUCUUCACUAAAAGGCAUUCAGUUUUUUGACCGUAUCAAAUUAUUUGGAAUGCCUGCUAAACACCAGCCAGACCUGAUAUAUCUGCGUUAUGUCCCGCUUUGGAAGGUCCACAUCUUCACAGUCAUUCAGCUCACCUGUUUGGUUCUUUUGUGGGUGAUAAAAGCCUCAGCUGCUGCAGUUGUUUUUCCUAUGAUGGUUCUUGCCUUGGUAUUUAUACGCAAACUAAUGGACUUAUGUUUUACAAAACGAGAACUGAGCUGGCUUGAUGAUCUCAUGCCUGAAAGUAAAAAAAAGAAAGAAGAUGACAAACAGAAGAAGGAGAAGGAGGAGGCUGAACGGUUGCUUCACGCCGAUGACAGUGACACUGUGCACCUUCCGUUUGAAAGAGGGAGCCUCCUGCAGAUUCCAGUGAAGGCCCUCAAGUACAGUGUUGAUCCGUCAGUUGUUAACAUAUCAGAUGAAAUGGCCAAAACCGCCCAGUGGAGAGCCCUUGCCAUGAGCACCGAGAACGCCAAAGCAUCCAGGCCAAGCAUGAGCCCAGAAAAACCAGUGAGUGUGAAAAUAAAUCUUGAAGAUGAACCUACAAGGAAAUAUGUGGAUGCUGAAACUUCAUUAUAGAACUAAACCAAGAAGAAUUAUGUGUGUGUUGUGUAUUUGUAUAGACUAUUAUUGGCUGCCAUACCACCAAAGUGUGACUCCCCUGGUUUGAAACGUGUUUGA